CUAUUACGUCGACAAACUUCUUUUUCGUCAUCAAAAAAAUUCCGACCUGAAAGGACCAAGAUACUUUUUUUUUUAUCCAAUAAUAUAAAAGGCAUAUACCAUAUUUCCUAAGUAUAACAAGUAAGUCCCUCUUUCUCUUUUUUUUUAUCAAAUUUAUUAUUGUUGUGCAAGGGUCGAGGGAGCCAAAAUAAACGAAAAAAAAAAAGAAAAAAAUAUACAAACAAUACAUACAUACGUAUAGAAUGGUGUACUUUUUAUUAAACUACCUAUUGUUCUAGUCAUACUACAAAAUUAACUAAUGUCUGACACAACACAAGUCAUGGAAGAACCCACACAAACGACCAAUAAGCGCGCUGCUUCUUCUGAGACGGAAGAGAGCCGAGAAGCCAAGGCAGUUAAGUUAGAGAUUGCUCAACGAGACGAUUCUGCACCUCAUAUGAUGGAAAACACCCACAGUCAUGAUACGACGACCACUACAGCAACAACAACAACAACAACUGAGGAUACAGAGAAAGAAGAAAAAGAAACUGGUGGCGAAAUGAUGCAUAUAAACCCACAUGGACCACCUGCUGGGUUGCACUUACUCUCCGAUCCUCAGCAACAACAAUUGAUUCAAUCUUAUGUUCAGGCACAAGGUCAAGAUCUUGCUAACUUAACCGCUUCUUCUUUGGCUCAAGCCAUGGUGUCGCCUAUCGCUGUACCUAACUUGGCCAGCAACUUACUCCAUCAGCUUCAACAGGGUGGUAACGUCAUUACAGCUCUUCCUGGACCACCUCAACUUCCACCUUCCACAAACAAUAACGGUGGUAGUCCACUUUCUGAAGAUGGAGGAACAAAGCGCUCGGGAGGUCGUAGCAUGUCUAACGAUGAGCGCCGUCAACGUCGACUCCUGAGAAAUCGAGUGGCCGCAAAAGAGUGUCGUAAGAAGAAGAAGCAACACAUUCACGAAAUGGAGGAAAAGAUUGUUCAUCUGGAGGAAGAGAAUGCUCUUUUAGUUAAGCAAGUGGAGGAAUUAAAAACUAAAUUGAGUCUAGGCUCGAUGGGGGGAUCAGAAAGUUACCGAUUAAUGAAGGAAGUGGAAGAAUUGAAUGCAAAAUUAGGCUUGGAUGUUUAA